AAGUCUUUGUGUUACAGAAGAGCCCUAACCUUGCUAAAACGUACUAAAUAUUAUUUAAUGAAUUUCUGCUAUGAUUUUUAUAUUUUUGUCGUUUUGAGGAAGGUGUCUAACCCAAGAUAUACAGAAUCAAGCACGGAGAUGAGGUAAAAGAAGAACAAUAAUUUAUUUAAAUGUGGAAGUGAACUGAAGGCGUACUGGAGAUCCAGCGAGAGGACGAAUCCGGAAGCGGUAACUAGGGGGAAACCUGAGGUGAGUAAUGGGAGUUGUAGUUCUGAGGAAAUGUUUGUGGGCGGAACUUACGAUGAGGAAAUACGGGAUGAAUGUGGAGGGGAGAUGAGCUGGGGUGAUAUCCAGAAGAGACGUGUGAUAAUAGGGGUGGGUGAGUGGAACGGACGAGGCGGAGGAGAGAGAACGUGAUCGGUGGAGAGCGGGGCAGCUGGGUGGAGUCGUAAUCCAGGCAGCGAACCGGUGAAUAAUCCUUUGACUUGGAGACGGGAACGGAUCCAACGAUGAGGUAAGUCUGUGGGUGAGUUUCCAAGCAGAGAAAACAAGCUCAGGUUAAAACGAGUUUCAAAGCCUCAAAAAUAAGACGAGGUUCGAAAACCACUAUGAGGCUAGAGUCUACCAGGCAGUACAUAAUCAUCCGGUGUCGAAUGAUGAUAAUCGUCCUCCUUUUAAAGCCGCCGCACUGAUCAGUCUGAUGCGGAUCAGCUGUGCUCCCUCUCCUGCAGGCAAAAACUCAGAGAUGAUGAGAUGAUGGGCAGAGUACUCACCCCAGCUCAUGACAAUUUUACAGGCAUAGCCUGUAUUUAAGAAUAUUCUACUUUUAGCUGAAACAUUUAUUGGUUUCACCUCAUUUUCCUCAUUAUCACAGUAGAUUCUUUGAUAUUCCACUCAGAUUUACUCCAGCUAUGAUUUUUAUCCAAAUUGGCCAGCUUUCUUAGAUGUGUGAAAAUGAAUUUGUCUUUUUAGCUUCCUGCAGGGACAUUCAAUAUAAACCAAAUUCUAGAAAAGUGUCCUGAAAAAUACCGCAACUGGCAAAAAUGUAGGAGAUCAUUUCAUUGUGUCGUAUGAAGAGAUAAAAAUGAGCCAACUUCACCCUGAAAGGAAGAUGUUGGUUCAUGUCUGCUCGUCACUCCUGAUGAAUCUGGAUUUGAUGAUGGCAGCGUUUGUGUGAAAGACAAAACCAAGGGCUGAGUGAGAACAACAUACAGAUGAUCAAUGCAGCUAAAUGUGUUGGAUAGACAUUUCAGGACUGUUUUUACAGCCAUGCCAUGGAGAAGGAUCAACAUUAAUUACGCAGCACUCGUCAUGGGAAAAUGUUUCUUAUCCAGAUGCUUAUUCCUAACGGCUAGAAGCAAAAUGCACAAAAAGCCCCCAAACUGUUAUUAGUGUCAAAGUCAAAUAGUUUCAUCCGCACACGCUUCCCGAUGUACUUUGCAAUUUGAUGCCCUCCUUAUAACAAAGUGUUAUAAAGUCACACUGCUGCACAUGCUCGGAGACUAACAGAGAGGCAGAGAUAAAAAUAUCCACAUAAAGCCAAUCCUUCUCAAGCUGAUCAGUGUGCUCACUGGACUGAACAGCUCAGGGAUCUCAAACUUCCAGGCAGCAGGAAAUAUUCUCCCGGAUUUAAAGGAUGUUUAGACAUUAAAGUUAAAUGGAUUACACUCAGCUGUCAAGUGCAGGAAGUUCUUGGACCCAACAGUGAUCACUUGUCUGGCAAAGGCCCAACGGGUCAUCCAGUGGGUGGAAGAACCCAUCAGGAUGCAUCAGUGACGCUCUCACAGGCUAAUAACUCACUAUGGAGCCAAGAGACUUUGCCUGAUUCCAUAAGGUUGCCCUAAAGACGAACAGAGUUUGGCAGUGGCUUGGCUCGCUUUGAAAUACUUGGACUUUGUUUUAUUCAUUGACUUUAAUGCUACUUGAGGGAUUUUUAUAGACAUACUGUGCAACACCUACAUUCAACACAAAUGACCUCCAUUCAUGGUGCUCUAUACAUAAAAGCUAUUAUCAAGGGAACCUGUAACUCGUCACAAAAUCAUUUAUAUUUCAACCAAACAUGGCCAGAGAUGAUGGUUCUCUGAAUCUCAUGCUCAUGUCUACAAGGCACCAGCAAUGGUUGGGACACUCUGCAAAGUUUGUCCUUCCCGUUUUCCCCCUGCGUUCAAUUAUUUUGUCUUACUUCCUGUCAUGUUCUGCAGCAGGUGCUGGCUUAGAGCAUGACUUUGGUAUUAGUCCCAAAUUUGUUUGUACCCCCAUUCCCCCAGAGGCAGACCCAAGCUGCCAUUCACCACCCAGUGUGCCCCACGGUCUGAGCAGUAACAGCCACAGCAAUGACCACAAUGAUGGCAGCCAUCGGGGCAUAAUGUCUGAUGAGGCUAAAACCACUAUUUUGCACCUGCGUGAGAGCCUUGUCCAACAAAAAGAAACUAUCCUGGACCAGCGGGAGACCAUUAGAGAGCUGACUGCCAAACUUACCUUGUGUGAAGGCUUUGGUGGUCACCACAGCAUCAGUCACCAUGACACACACCAUGAAAGCCAUCAUGAUAUUCACCAUAACAACCAUAACAACCACCAUGAUGAUCACCAUGGACAUCAUGGAAGUCAUCAUGGCAACGGUCAUGGAAGCAGCCAUGGCAGACACCAUGGCAGCAACCAUGGUAGCCAUCAUGGACCAUCGUCAUUACACCAUGGACCCUCGACGCAUCAUGACAGCGAUCACCACUACUCCCAUGGCAGUCACAGUUCAGACCUCCACCAUCAGAAGGUCUCGUCAUCCAUCAAGCACAGUUCCUUUUCCCCAGAUCAAACUGGAAAGAUACUACAGACACUGAAAGAAAGGCUGGAGAACUUACAAGCCAGAAACUCCUCCAGCUCCUACUCAAGCUCUCUGAGAGAACUCCUCCAGCGGAAAAUCAGCGCACUAGAAGAUCAGUUAAAUAGUUACAACAGAGAUGAGCAUGAAAAUGGUCACCACAGUAGUCACCACGAGCAUCACCAUGAUGGCCAUCAUAACAAUAACCAUAGCAGAAACCACUCUGACGGCCAUAAUCAUAACCACCAUUAUGACCACCAUGGUGGCGGCCAUCACGACGACCACCAUGUCACUGAUCACCAUAAAGAUCACUACAGUAGCCACCACGGCAACCACCAUAGUAACCAUGAUUACAACCAUCACACUAGUCAUCAUAAUCCUUAUAACAGCCAUCAUUAUGACCACCACUAUGAUCGGCAUCUUGGCCAACAUCACGGUCCCAACCACAACAACCAUCACAGCAUCCACCACGAUGAUGGGAUUGUUCAUCACAGUGAUCACCAUGACGCACACCAUGGUGACACUCACCACAAUAGUCACCAUGAGUAUCAACAUGGACACCACGAUAAAAUCCACGAGGAUCACCAUAUUGACCACCAUGAUAAUCACCAUGGCAACGAUCAUCAGCCACAGCAUCUUCCUCAAACCAGUAAGGAGACAAGUUCAGGGGGCACUGGUCACAGCAAGUUGGAAACAGUUCUCAGCCACCUGCCCCACAGCAGUGACCGUGGAAACUACAAGAAGCUAAAGAGUCCCAGUGCGUUCCUGCUUGAUUUCCCCAUAAGGACCAAUUAUAUGUAUGCCAAGAUGAAACAAUCAGUGGUCAAUGAGAUCUUUGCCCUGACCAUCUGCCUCUGGCUAAAGCCAGGGGAAGGUCCUGGCCUCGGCACUCCUAUUUCCUAUGCCGUGCCUGGACAAGCCAAUGAGCUGGUGCUUAUGGAAUGGGGCAGCAAUCCCAUGGAGCUGCUGAUUAAUGACAAGGCAAUGACCUUGCCAAUAAAUAUAAUGGAUGGGAAGUGGCAUCAUGUAUGUGUGACAUGGUCAACACAUGACGGGGCAUGGGAGGCCUACCAGGAUGGAGUUAAGAAAGGUUCGGGUCAGAACCUGUCAGCAUGGCGUCCCAUUAAACCAGGAGGGAACUUUAUCUUGGGUCAGGAGCAGGACACGAUGGGAGGUCGCUUUGACAUCACUCAGUCCUUCAUGGGACAGAUGUCAGAUUUCCAGUUCUGGUCCAGAGUCUUGACAGCCAGUGAAAUCCACACCCAGGCAUCCUGUGGAGGUCACCUUGUAGGUGAUGUCAUGUCAUGGUCUGAAGAAGUGAUGGAAGUUUAUGGAGGGCUCACUGAGCUACCGUUUGAACCCUGCCACUAAAAGUGAACCCUGACCCCCUCAUAGACAGAGCUGUGGGGUCAAAUGAUUGCAAAUUAUGUGACAAAAAUGGGCAAAGAGUGGAAAUAUAGAACAUUUCUGUCUCUUCACCUACUUUAGCUCAUGUCCGCAUACUGAACAGGACAGCUUUAAAAGCUCCACAGAUCACAAAGCUUCGGAUUUACUGACGGUAUGGUCAUGAGUCAGGACUGUGAGGGAUUCUUCACACGUAAUUGGCUUUCCUUUUGACACAACAACUCCAGAGGUUGCUGUUAACUAGCAUUCAGAAAGCAACAGCGCAGAUGGUGAAAAAAGACUCAAAGGAUGAAUAAAAACCCCACUCUAACAACUGUUGCAGGGUUGCAGAUUGAAUAUUGCGUGGACAGCAUGAUAAAUAAUGUUGAUUUUACACAUUAUCUUUUAGUAUUUCAUAUUGAAAAUAAAACAAGCUUUUUUUUCUAGAAAGUUCAAAGUUGUGUUGUAGCAUUUGAAAAAUGCAUUUUCCGUGCAGAUGUUGCAUUUUGUCCAUACCGUGCAAAAAGUUUGUCCAUGUCCUUCUGUGAGGGGAUCGUUGUCAGAGGUUUGUUAUAUCACAGCAAGACGGUUCAAUGGCGUCAAGCCACCGACCGGCGUCACGAUGGGUCAACCAGGUCUCAACGUGUCAGUGUCUCCUGAUCAACCAAUGGCUUAUGGAGAGAUUUGCCUGUGAACACCUGACCUGAUCCUGCCUAUUUCCAACCUGCUCAGACCACAUGGAGCCAAACAACACAAACACAUGCUUGCACUUGCUCAGACACACUGACGAACUGAUAACGCAAAUCGCUCGAUAGGAGCUUCAUCAGGUUUUAUUUUAAAAAUGUGUUUUUGUACAACUAAACCUUAUCAGGUAGUGUGUUUUAAAUGAUAAAAUCAUUCAUUAUAACACUUCAGUGUGUACAAAAGUAAUUAGUAACAUAAAACUGUCAUUAUGUCUGCUCUGGUGCUUGUAAAGCACUUUUUCUGCUGUAUAUUUGCUCAUUUUAAUCCUGCACCUUCUAUAAUGAUCUUUCUUUUGUUGAUAUAGAAAAGGAAUGCCUGUUGUUUUCCCAACAUUUGGACAACAUUUUUAAAUCAUAGCUGUAAAUAAUUCUUCGUAAUGCCAAAGUAAUAAGGACUAUGAAAUCCUGAUCUUUUUUUCUCAUGAGUAGUGGGCCAAAUGGAUGUUUCUUUCUUUCUUUUUUUUUCUUUUUUUUUUUUUUUUUGUCUUUUAGACCUAGACUAACCUUCGGCUAUGAAGAUAUAAUAUUUGUAUGAAGUCAUUGUUGCAUGUGUUUGGAUGUAAAUGUACAAAAAGUGCUACAUUGUGUUUUCUCCUUCAUGCGUAAGCCAAAGUAUAGAAAUGUAAAUGUAAAACUUGAAUGGAUAAUA